CUACGCGCCCAUGGAGUCCUCGGAGGAGGAGGACGAGGAGUUCCAGUUCAUCAAGAAGGCGAAGGAGCAGGAGGUGGAGCCCGAGGAGCAGGAGGAGGAGCUCGCCAACGACCCCCGGCUCCGGCGCCUCCAGAACCGCAUCGCCGAAGAUGUGGAGGAGCGGCUGGCAAGACACCGUAAAAUUGUGGAGCCUGAAGUGGUUGGAGAAAGUGAUUCAGAGGUGGAGGGGGAAGCUUGGCGCCUGGAGCGGGAGGACACCAGCGAAGAGGAAGAGGAAGAGAUCGAUGAUGAGGAGAUCGAGCGUCGGCGCGGGAUGAUGCGUCAGCGAGCACAGGAGAGGAAAACCGAGGAGAUGGAAGUGAUGGAGUUGGAAGAUGAGGGUCGAUCCGGAGAAGAGUCUGAGUCAGAGUCCGAGUAUGAGGAGUACACGGACAGCGAGGAUGAAAUGGAGCCGCGUCUCAAACCUGUCUUCAUCCGCAAGAAGGACCGGAUCACAGUUCAGGAGCGAGAAGCAGAAGCCUUGAAGCAGAAGGAGCUGGAGCAGGAGGCAAAGAGGCUGGCGGAGGAGAGGCGCAAGUACACACUCAAGAUCGUAGAAGAGGAAGCGAAGAAGGAGCUGGAAGAGAACAAGCGCUCGCUGGCAGCACUGGAUGCACUUGAUACAGAUGAUGAGAAUGACGAGGAGGAGUACGAGGCCUGGAAAGUACGUGAGCUGAAGCGUAUCAAACGGGACCGUGAAGAACGAGAAGCCAUGGAGAAGGAGAAGGCGGAGAUCGAGCGCAUGCGGAACCUGACGGAGGAGGAGCGCCGGGCCGAGCUUCGGGCCAACGGCAAGGUCAUCACCAACAAGGCGGUGAAGGGCAAAUACAAGUUCCUGCAGAAGUACUACCACCGCGGUGCCUUCUUCAUGGAUGAGGACGAGGAGGUGUACAAGAGGGACUUCAGCGCCCCGACCCUCGAGGACCACUUCAACAAGACCAUCCUGCCCAAAGUCAUGCAGGUCAAGAACUUUGGGCGCUCGGGGCGGACGAAGUACACCCACUUGGUGGACCAGGACACCACCUCCUUCGACUCUGCCUGGGGCCAGGAGAGCGCGCAGAACACCAAGUUCUUUAAGCAGAAAGCAGCGGGCGUGCGGGAUGUCUUUGAGAGACCCUCAGCCAAGAAGCGAAAAACCACUUAAGGGAGCGGGCAGGAGGGCACUUCUCCGCCAGCUGCCGCAGGGACAGAAGGGACACAGCUCUGUGCCAGGACUCGUGUGGUGGCAAGCCCUUCCUCCAUGCCCCUGCACCACGCCUGCCCUGUCGAUGCGGUGUCCUGCUCCCCACGCUGCAGAGACCCGGCAGGCUCCCUGCCUGGGUGCCAUGGAUGAUGACAGCCUGUCCGUGCUGGCCAGGCCCGCGGCCACACCGCCAUCCCACCAGCAGCCGCCCCGAGAGCCUCGGCAGUGCCCGACAGGGCUGUGCAGGAGUGUGGCAACGCCCCCGGCUCCAGCACACCCACUUUUUGAGGAAUUAACGGACUUUUAUACCCAUCUGGUCCACAGCAUCUCCCUAUUGCCUGUACUUUCCCCGUUGUCAGUUUGGGCCCUUUUUUGGUGUGGAACAGCGGUGACCCCAUCUCCUCACCCUGUUUCUGCAGGGCUUGGCUUUUCUACCGGGGUGGGGGGGGUCAGUUUGAUUAAAGCGGUCGUUUUCU